GGCUAAACUUUCAAGCACAGAUCUCUCUAAAGAAACAAAACUCGAGUGUUUCUAUGGAUACGUUGCCUUGUACUCCAACAGUAUUAUAGCUAAAACAACCUAAAGCACAUAACCAAUCAACAAGUCCAUCGAUCAAUAUAUAUAUAUUUGUUGGUGGAUAUCAAUAUAUUAUUCCCAGUUCAUUGAACACUCGGAUUUGGGGUUUUAUAGCUGAAACAGGGGGGAAAAAGAACAGAAAAGAAAAGCUGAAACAGGAAUUUAAUGGGUCCUAAACAAUGUCAAAUCUGCAACCAAGCACAAUCUAAGUACAAGUGCCCUUCAUGUCUUGUUCCGUACUGUUCUCUGGUUUGCUUCAAGAAACACAAAGAAACCCCUUGUGCUAAGCCGGUGUCUUCAUUGGGAAUUUCUAGUAGGAAUACUGAUACUCGAAUACAGGCUGCUGAUCCAGAACUGCCUCAAGAAAGGCCAUUAACUGUGGAUGAUACAAAUGAGGUGCUGCUAAAGCCGCAACUAGAGUCUAUAGCUUCUUCCAGUGAAAUUUGCAACGCAUUGAAGGAUGAAAGUCUUCGGAAACUUAUAUGUGCUAUUGAUGAUGCUUCAGAUCCAGAUAGCGAACUUGAGAAAGCUAUGGGAGUGGAAGCAUUCUGUAUCUUUACUGACAAGAUUUUAUCCGCCAUAGAUCAAUAACUUCAAGCAGUCAGACAUGACAACAUGUAGAGAUUUUGUGCCUUCUACAUGUUCAACUUCAGUGUAGCUUUCAAUUCUGGAAUGAUCGUCCUGGAAGCCAGUCAGAAUAUAUUUAAUUCAUAAAUUUUGCUGCUAAAAAAAAAGUUGAAAUGAAGGUAAGGUAUGAGAAAACAGUGUAGCAUGGGUGUUUCAUUUUCUUUCUUGAUACUGCAAUAGCCUGGUCUAGUGUGUGUGUGUUAGGAUUGAAGAUUGUGCUCUUGGUGGAUCUGCCUUGUGCAUGUAGACCAUAAAUAUAAAGUAGAGAUUUGUUCCCAAUAUUAUCCGGUCUCUGUCUCUGUCUCUCUGUGUGCUGGAAUUGGGAAUUGCAGCUGGCUAGAUUAUUUUGUUUGUAACAAAGUAGAAAAUAUUCUGUAUUGGUCCACAAUGUCUUUUUUGUUCCUGUAUGGCCAAGUUCUCCAUGGAUAAACAUUGAGAAUUAUGUUGGUGUUGAAAGAGAAUGUAAUUACUGGACCAGGGUUUCACAAAUGAUUGGGAUCAAUUGCUUUUUCAGA